CCCAUCUCUAACAGUCAUAGCGGCGAAAAAAAUAAACAAGGAAAAUUUGUAUACAUUACGAACCAAUCCGUAAUAUUUUGUACAAGAGGCUAAACAAACCUUUCAACUAGUUGCAAAAAAACAAAAGAAAUAAGAAUAUACAGUUAUCUUUUUCAAAAAUGGUCUACAUACACUUCCCCAGCAAUUUGACUGAAGAAGAGCAGAUGCUACAGGCCAAGUACCAAAAGCUGAAGAAGAAGAAAAAGGCACUGCAGGCGCAUAAGGCACCCAAGCCGGAGCCAGAAAGUUCUCUGACACUGAAGCGUCCAACUGAUGCCCGGGAUGCUCGUGAGGUGGCCCGGAAACUGAUCAAAAGCGGCGCCAUUCCCGCCAUCCAAAAGCAGACCAAACAGGAUCAAACCUCCUUUAAGCGACCCAAGGGACAGGAGCGGGCCAAGCGCUCCACCUCGGAGACCAGCGUCGCCUCGUACCAGCCCUUCUCCUCCACCCAGAACGACGUGGCCCAGGAGACGAUCAUUAGCGAGAUCAUCAAGGAGGAACCGCGCCGCCAGAAUCUCUACCAGCACUUUGCCACGGAGCGGGAUCGCGAGGAGCGCGGCAUGCCCGAGAAGGUGGUCAUAGACACGGUCCAGCCGGAGAAGCCACGAGCUGGUAACACCAUCUUCGUGUCCGGCAACAAGGUCACCGAGGAUUUCCUGAAGAAGACCUUUAACGACUACGGCACAAUUGUCAAUGUUUCCAUGGAGAUUGAGAAGAGUCGCGGUUUUGUUUCCUUCGCCAAGCCAGAGUCCGCCGAUCGGGCCAUUGCGGAAAUGCAUGGAAAGAAUGUGAAUGGCAUCAAUUUGCAGGUGCAGCUGGCUAGACGUCAGCCCCAGAUUGAGCCCAUUAACGAUGCCUCGUCGUCGGCAGUCUGGUCAUCCAUUGCCGCCAGUAAGUCCCAAAAAGGCAGUCACAAGGAUCACCGCGAGAUGGUUCAAUACGAUGAGGACUUCUUGAUGUAAAGCAAAUACAUCUAUAGUCUAUAGACUUACUUAGCUACCCGCUCCUGGUAUGGAAACAAAAUUACGUUUGUUUUAUAUCAUUUUGCUUUAUUGAAAAUACGCUUCUAUAUAUUUAAGAUAUAAGUUCACUUUCUGGCUAAGUACUCGCAUUUCAAAUAAUAACGUUCAAAUGAAUUCAAUGAAAAA